CGUCAUGCAAGCGACGCUAGCAGCCAGGAGGUAAACAACACAGUAAAAGCUAGCCCCGGUUAAGCUAAAUUGAACAAUUUCUUCGUUUUAAUAUGCAUCAACAUGCUACUGUUUAAUCCUUUGGGUGACACAGCGGCUAUUGGAUUGGUGAACACUGAAUGAACACUGAAGAUGAAUGCUCUGGUGGCUCUCUGUCAUUUCUGUGAGCUCCACGGCCCACGGACGCUGUUCUGUACGGAAGCAUUGCACCCUCCGUCCCCGUCGCCUUCCUCCUCCCAGGCAGGCGCUGCAAUACCCGGCGACAGAGAUGCUGACCGGGACGGUGAAGGACUCACGAUGAGGGCCAACAGCUCAGCCACACAGAGAGGAGAAAUGUGCGAGGGGUGUCGCUCCCUCCCUGCGCACCACCCGGGAUUCAUGAGCAUCGACGACGAGACGGGUAUUCGCUUCCUGAGCCACCAGCAUCCACGGCAGCCGCAGCUCUUCAGCGUAGUGCGCCAGGCCUGCGUACGCAGCCUCAGCUGUGAGGUAACUGGUGACGUGUGUCCCGGGCGCGAAGGGCCAAUUUUCUUUGGUGAUGAGCAACACGGUUUUGUGUUCUCUCACACCUUCUUCAUCAAAGAUAGUCUGGCCAGAGGCUUCCAGCGCUGGUACAGCAUCGUCAUGGUGGCCAUGGAUAGGAUUUACCUCAUUAACUCUUGGCCUUUCCUCUUGCGCCACCUUCGACUCACCAUACAGAGCCUGCAAAGCACCGCCCUGAAGGUGUUUGACAGCGAGCAAGGUGUUUGUCCACAGAGAGCAGUGAGAAUGAACAGUGUCUUCUCACCCGCAGUCUUCCCACACCAAAGGAGCGGGAACGCAGCCCGUUCCCUGACGUCCCUCACACAGCAUCCCAACCUGUGGGCCAGCCUGCACUCCUCCUUCAGUUGGCUGCUGAAGGCCUGCGGUAGUCGUCUGACAGAGAAGCUUCUAGAAGGAGCCCCCACUGAAGACACGCUGGUGCUCAUAGAGCGACAGACAGACCAAGAGGAGGAAAUGAGCUGCUGGGAAGGAGCCGAAGGAGGAAUUUCCAAGCCACUGACGCACCAAUCAGACUUGGAGCCGGGCCACCACGACGAGGAGCCCGGGCCGAGGUUUAGGUCGCUGAGGCAUCUGAGACAGGUGCUCGGCGCUGCCGACUUCCGGCAGGUGGCGUGGCACGUGCUCAUGGGGAACCAACUCAUAUGGAGGAGCGCCGACCCCGGGCUCAUCCAGUCUGCUUUUACAGUACUCAAGUCGCUGCUGCCAGUGGGCUGCGUGCGUUCCGUCCCGUACAGCGCUCAGUACGAAGAGGCCUACAAGUGCAACUUCCUGGGUGUGAGCCCAGACGUGGCCGUUCCACCCCAUGUCAGCUCCUCGGAGUUUUCGGUGCUGGCGGACGUCAGCUCGGAGCCGAGCGGUCAAAGUUCGUCCUCGGAAGACAACAUCUGCUCGCUUUAUCAGUUCAGCAUCAGCAGUGCCAACACACAACCCACAGACAGAGGUCCCACGUUACUCAACAAGCUGGAGGUGGCCCUGUCCAAUGAGAACUUAUCUGUGGAUGUGGUGUCCCAUUGUCUUCUGUGUUUGAAGGAGGAGUGGAUGAAUAAAGUCAAAGUGCUGUUCAAGUUCUCCAAAGUGGACGGGCGGGGCAGGGAGGACACGCAGAAGGUCCUGGCGCUGCUCGGCGCCACGGGGCCCGGCGAGGAGGACAACGUGCGGCUGCUCAAGUUCUGGAUGACGGGACUCAGCAAAACCUACAAGAGCCAUCUGAUGAGUGCCCUGCGGGGGGGGGAGAGGAGUCCCAGCCAGUGACAAAGACCGAAAGAGAAAGUGAAAGCAGGAAAGCAUGGGACUUUCUAUCCAAUUGAACAAAAGGAUGACGUGAGGUGAAAGGACUUGAACACACGUCUUAAGAUACGCAACCCGCAACAGGGCUCCGUUUCCAUCAUGUCAGCUUGCACGUGAAGCACAUUGUUAUUAUUAUUCUUAUGAACACUGUUACGCCCAAGAACUACGUUACCGGGGUAGUGACACCUCGCUACAGGCUAGCCCAGGGGUGGGCAAACUACGGCCCGGGGGCCACAUGCGGCCCGCUAAGCGGUUUAAUCCGGCCCGCCAUUUCCACAUGUCCAAAAGGAGUAGGAAGAAGCAAAGCUUAUUAAAUCCUACCCCUCCAUCUGGUGCUUUUACAAUCAGUCACUGUUACAUUUGUUCACUUCCUGCUUUCCAUAAUACAAUUUAAGGUUUUUUUUGUUUGUUUUUUUUUAAUAAUGUACCUCGUACAGAAGUGAUGUGACUCUACAAUGACAUAAUAAUUUGAUCACUUCCUGCUUUCCUAAUAUGGUGUAAGGUUUUUUUUUGUCACGUACCGAAGUACGAGGUGAUAUGACCAUACAGUGACAUAAUGGGUACCAUAGUAACUGAUUUAUUGUAUUUAUUAAUGAUUAGUUAGCAAACAUCGACUGCUUCUAAUUAUUUCAAAUUUUAACAUACAACAGCUGGCAACAUCAGUCAAGUCGGAUGUAUAUGAUGAUAGAAAAAAAAAACAAAACUGUAAAAUUCUAUUUCGUAAUUUGCUGUGGUCUGAUGUUUAAAGCUCCUGGAACAUACAACUGAUAGUACGACACUUUUACAGAUAAAAUUAGACUAAUAAUUCAAUGCGGACUGUCAGAAUUAGAAGCGUAAAAUAGUGUGUAUUAAAUAUAUAUUCUGCCCCCCGGGACAAUUUUGCGGCCCGCGAGUCAAAAAGUUCGCCCACCCCUGGGCUAGCCACUAGCUGUCAAAACUAACGCACCCAGGAAGGAAUUUUUUAGUUAAUUAAUAAAGUAUUCCUAUGUUAUUUUGUGAGUUUUUUUUUUUAUCACUAAAAAUAUCUCUUGCCAGAGUCCGGAAGAGUCAUCAGGGAUGUCCUGCCAUUGUUAAGAAGGCAGGCGUUUCACAGGUCACUUGAUCAUCUUACCAAAAAAAAAACAACAACAAUUAGCCGCCGUCAAUGGCGCAGGCGAAUGCAACAAACGUGAAAUGGACACCGUUAAUAUCGUACUCAGCACACUUCUAGAAUAAUAAUUUUGAUACGAUAUACUCUAUCUCUGCGGCAAUCACUGCCAGCAAAACAUUCCUCUUUACCCAUCCAUCCAUCCAUCUUCUACUUAAUAUCAUCUCCAACCCGGACUACAUCCAACAGUAGAGUUCCAAAAAUAUUUUUCUUCUAAAUUAAUCAUUAAUUUCAUUAAUAAAUGAAUUAAAUGUUAUGUAUUUUUGACACUACGUUAUGAAAGAAAUUUACCACAAGACACAUUAGGUGAAUUUGCAGAAAUUAUUCGCUUGAGUUGUAUUGAGUAUACAUGACUAGUUCCGGGUAUGACGUCACAGCCAAGAUGGCGACUGUUAGGACUGUUAGAAGUCGAAAUCACUUCAUUUACUAUUACUAUUUCAUAGUAGUUUAUGUUUCUAUGACAUCAGGGUUUUAUUAAAGUUAAAUUUUAUUAAAGUAUAUUCUAAACUUGAUGAAUAUUCACAUGAGUUAAUGUAUAUUUUCUGUUGGAAUUGAGGUAUAUAUUAUUUUUUAUUCCACAAACUAGUGCCCUCUUGUGGCGAGGAGGGGGGAGAGGAAGAAUGCACUCCCACUCAUUUUUUUUUAAAGCGUGAUCAGGCCGAGAUGAGAACAGAAAAACUUUUUGGAAACUUACUUGGAAACAUGUUUACUAUUUCCUACACAAUAACCCCCAGCAGCAUGCGUGGGGUAGGGGGUGGUGUUGUCACAUUAACGAGGCUUUUUUAUGCUGACGUUUGCGCAUUCCGUCAAUAAAAAAUAAGUCAAAACAUACGAGAGUAGAAAAUAGAAGAGAAUGUGUUUCUACUUAAGAGGAGGAAGUGCUGCGUGUUUGCACGCAUGCUUUGAACGCAGCCAAGGUACAAAGGUCUCAAUUCAUCAUUCCUCAGGGGAACUUUGCUUUGUGUUUUCAUGUUCGGUAAAUACACAGCCAGGAUUGCGCAGACCCAAUACUUGAACGUUUGGUUCAUUGACGUGAUAAAUUCAUUCCAACGACAUAUUCAUCAAUGCUAAUAAACUGAAU